GUUAGUGUGUCACAGGCUGCAGUUGAAAUGCAGAAAGACGGGACGCGUUCUUCCCGGAGAAUGGAAGAAGGGGACCGCCGGAAUGGCUCUACUGGGAGCUCCGGCUCCGUCUCCAGAGAGCUGGGCCGCGGCUUUUCCUAUUACAACAAGUACUUGGCUAGGCUGCAGCAGAACCUACGGGACACCAAGCGCUUCUUCCGUGACAUCAAGCAUACUUACAGCGGGGCGCCCGGUGGCCCGGACACCGAUAUCAAGGGAGCAGAAGGAGAUUUAGGACAACUGCACAGCAUCACCUUUCCCAGGCAAGAGGAGGAAUAUCUAAAGCUCACUGUUCGCUGUCGCCCUUGUAUCUUUAUUCUGGGACAGAGCUGCAGUAGCCGGGGGCGUGUAGCCAAUUCCUUGCUAGGUGACCAGCUGCUCCCUAUCCUCACCCAUUGUGGUGCAGAGUGCUGUAAGAGAAGACGCAUCCGUUUUCGUUAUGGAAAACAGACUUUGGUGAGCCUGGCCCUGCCAGAGCAGUAUGAACUUGUGCAUGAGCUGGUGGCACAUCAGGGCAAAUGGGAUACCAUUCCAGAAGAAGAUCUUGAUGUACCAGAAGAUGAGGAAGACCCUGCACAUAGACUGGCUGAGCUGGAAGUGACUCUGCCUCACCAGCUACUUCAGGAUGUCGAUAUUGUGGUUUCCCCCUGCCGUAGCUCCCAGGCAGUAUCCAUGACUCUAGAGGACUAUGUUGACCACGUUCAGUCAAUUGUUGUAUAUGCAGUAUGCGAGGAAAGAUUGUCCCAGCAGGAUGAAGAAGAACUAACUGAGAUAAAAGAGAAGUAUAAACUGCCAGUAUUUUUCAUCCGGACAUCAUCAACAAGGGACAGGCUGAUUGGGGGAUCUGAAGGUGUACGUUCAGCUCUGUAUGAACAGCUGAUGGAGCUAGGAUUUCUGAAAAGGGGCUUAUGUAACUGUGGAGCUGCAGGAUCAGGCAGCACAGCCCCCAGUAUGCUAGUGGAGCAGUUUGAGAAGCUACGGCAAUUAAGUACCUUUUCAAGGCAAGUGUUACAGAUGCACUUGGUAGAUGCUGCAAUAGUUCUUAACAUGGUUCAUAGCCGAUGUUUGGACUUGUUCAUCAAUAAAGCUUUUGACAUGCAUAGAGAUCUUCAGAUAACACCAAAGCGACUGGAGUACACUAGACAGAAAGAAAAUGAGCUGUAUGAAUCUCUAAUGCGAAUCUCUGACCGUAAGCAAGAGGAAUUGAAAGACAUGAUUGUGGAGACCCUAAACAGCAUGAGAGAGCAGCUUCUUGAAGAUGCCGCAAAUAUGCAGUUCAAAGACAUUGCAAUACCGCAAAAUGGUGAACCUGUUAGUGUACAAGAAGUUAAGUGCUGCAUCUUCCAAAUCAAGGAAUUGAUUAUUUCAAGGCUUAAUCAGGCUGUGGUUAACAAGUUGAUCAGUUCAGUGGACUAUCUGCGUGAAAGCUUUGUCGGAACAUUGGAGAGGUGUCUUCGCAGCCUGGAGAAGUCUCAACAGGAGUCCUCUUCACAUGUUACCAGCAACCACCUGAAGCAGAUAUUAAAUGCAGCUUAUCAUGUGGAAGUCACUUUUAAUUCAGGUUCUACUGUUACCAGAAUGGUGUGGGAACAAAUUGUGCAGAUCAUCCAGCGCAUCACCUGGGUGAGUCCUCCUACCAUCACCCCAGAAUGGAAACGCAGGGUUGCACAGGAUGCUAUAGAAAGUCUAAGUGCUUCUAAACUUGCCAAGAGCAUCUGCAGUCAAUUUUGCAAGCGACUAAAAAGUUCCCAUGAGGCAUUUGCUGCAUCUCUCAAGCAGCUGGAGGUUGGGCACUCUGGUCGACUGGAAAAAACGAAUGAUCUGUGGUUAAGGGUUCGUAAAGAUCAUGCACCACGUCUGGCACGUUUGUCUUUGGAGAGCAGGUCCCUACAAGAUGUUUUGCUGCAUGGAAAACCAAGAAUAGGUCGUGAAUUGGGGAGAGGACAGUAUGGAGUGGUUUACCUGUGUGAUAGCUGGGGUGGGCACUUCCCAUGUGCUCUCAAGUCUGUUGUCCCCCCUGAUGAGAAGCACUGGAAUGACUUGGCUUUGGAAUUUCACUAUAUGAGAUCCUUGCCCAAGCAUGAGCGUCUGGUUGAUUUACAUGGUUCAGUAAUUGAUUACAGUUAUGGUGGAGGCUCCAGCAUAGCAGUUCUGUUAAUCACAGAGCGUCUGCACAGAGAUCUCUAUGUAGGCCUUAAGACUGGCCUUUCUCUAGAGACACGGUUACAGAUUGCUCUAGAUGUAGUAGAAGGAAUCCGGUUCCUGCACAAUCAAGGACUUGUACACAGGGACAUCAAACUGAAAAAUGUUCUGCUGGACAAAAAACACAGAGCUAAAAUUACAGAUCUUGGAUUUUGCAAACCAGAAGCAAUGAUGUCUGGCAGCAUUGUGGGGACACCAAUACAUAUGGCACCUGAGCUUUUCUCUGGAAAAUAUGACAACUCGGUGGAUGUAUAUGCAUUUGGAAUUCUUUUUUGGUAUAUCUGCUCUGGAUCUGUAAAACUUCCAGAAGCCUUUGAGAAAUGUGCAAGUAAAGACCAUCUGUGGAACAACGUCAGAAAAGGUGCACGCCCAGAAAGGCUGGCCAUCUUUGAUGAAGAGUGUUGGAAACUAAUGGAGGCAUGUUGGAAUGGGGACCCCUCUCAACGUCCACUAAUGGGCAUUGUGCAGCCCAUGUUGCAGGGCAUCAUGGACCGACUCUGCCGCGCACAAGAAACUGGCAAAGCUUUGGAAGAUUCUACAUGAUAAAGAACUUCAUCUUGCUCUUACUAUGUGUUCUUGGUUACUAGAAGCACCACCUACUGCUCCGCAUUUACUGCCAUGGAGACACAGAUCUCUGUACUGCCUUUUUGAUUUGGGAUGCAGACUGAAAGAAGUGAAGAUGGAAUUUCAUGGUCCAGUACUUCCAAAUAUAAGCUAUUAAUAAAUGCAGUGUUAAGAUCUUCUCCAUCUUUCUUUUCUCAAGGAUGGCGCGGAGGCUUGGAAAAGAAUGUGGUUGUUUUCUAAGCUGGUUGCAUCUUUCAGAAACAUCUGCUCUAGUUAGUAAGCCAGCUCCUUGUUCUCACUGGAAGAUACAGAAAGUGGAGUGAUUACUUUGGAUAACCAAUAGUGGCUCCAGGGUUAGGUUCUAAAAAAAAAAAAAAAA